UCGAAUCAAAUUGAGCUCCCUUUUAGAUAGUGCCAACUACUCUCUCUCUGCAGCUGCUGAUGGGGCUCUUGGUUCAUGCACUUGGCUUCACCCUCUCUGCUUCUUCUUCACUGCUCUUCUCAAAUGACAACCUCCGAAUUCCGCCAAUCUCACACUCCAACCUACGAUUUGCAGGUCAUCAAUUCAAUUUCAGGGGAAAGCAUCAUAAGGCUAGAAUUGCAACCUCCAGCUUCACUUGUUUCUCUGCCCUGGAAGAUAAACCGGAGGAGUCUGUUGUGAAAGAGAAAAGCGUGUCAGUGAUUCUUCUGGCUGGAGGCAAGGGUAAAAGGAUGGGUGCCAGUAUGCCGAAACAGUAUCUCCCGCUUUUAAGCCAGCCUAUUGCAUUGUACAGCUUCUAUACUUUCUCACGCAUGCCUCAAGUGAAGGAAAUCAUUGUAGUUUGUGAUCCCUCCUACAGGGAUGUUUUUGAAGACUCCAAGCAUAAGAUCCACACAGAACUUAAAUUCACGUUGCCUGGGAAGGAAAGACAAGAUUCUGUUUACAGUGGACUCCAGGCUAUUGAUUUGACCUCUGAGCUUGUUUGCAUCCAUGAUUCUGCAAGACCUCUGGUAUCAUCAGGAGAUGUUGAGAAGGUUCUUAAAGAUGGUUGGUUAAAUGGAGCAGCUGUACUUGGGGUUCCAGUAAAAGCGACCAUCAAAGAGGCAAACUAUGAGUCUUUUGUAGUCCGAACUCUGGACAGGAGAACACUUUGGGAAAUGCAGACACCACAGGUCAUCAAACCUGACUUGCUCAAAAAGGGUUUUGAACUUGUUAACAGAGAAGGCCUUGAAGUUACUGAUGACGUGUCUAUUGUUGAGCACCUUCCACAUCCUGUGUACAUCACUGAAGGAUCUUACACCAACAUCAAGGUCACAACGCCAGAUGAUUUAUUACUCGCAGAAAGAAUAUUGAGUAUGGACACUAAAAAGUCUUCAGGAUGAUCUUCUUGUCAUUUGUCUUCAAAUCACAUUGAUGCACCUAUGAAGAUCUUUGAAAAUAUUUGUACGUAGCAUGACUCAUUCAACAGACUCCCCUUGCUGAGAUAUGCAGCUAUUGAGUUCAGAAUCGGAUGGUAUUAUAACCGGCUCCAGAAGUGUCUAAAAUUUAGGUCCAUGUGUGGAAAAGCAAACAACAAUUUCUGUGUAUUAAACUAUUUUUGUAUAUGCAGCCAAGUAGCUUGGCUAUCAGAAACAAUUUUCCUUGGGGUUAAUCAUAAAUCUAUGCGGAAAGUAUAUGAAACGGAACAAUUUUUAUUUUACUCA